AGCGCGAUUCGUUCGCAGUUUUGUCCUUACUCAGCCGGAGUACGCAAUCGAUUUGAAUUUGGAGCGUUUAUUUUUUAAACGUAGACACGUAUGAAUUUUGUCGGAGUGUAAAAUGGCGUUUUUGCAAGGACCUUCUUUGAAACAAGCAGAGGUGAUUAAACAGGAACUAGGCGAAGGCCCCGGCGACCUGGAGCGGGGUGUAAGGGACCUUCGCAGCAUGCUGGCUGCAUCACCGCAUCUACCACAACCUGAAGCUUUUGAUCGUCACUUACUGGAAUUGUUCGUGCGUGGAUGUCGCAUGGAUUUGGACAGAGCGAGAUCCAAGCUAGAGGCGUUCUGUCUGGCGAGAGCACGUCACAGCGACUUGUACGAACAUCGCUCGUUCACCGAACCCCCUCUGAACGACAUUUGCAAGUUCAUGGACAUAGCAACUCUUCCCAAACUGACGGACGACGGGCUACGAGUGACAAUCUUCAGGAUAAAAGCUGGCUAUCCCGAGAGUAGCGCUGACGUCAGCGCUGCGGUGCGAGCUGUGCUCCUCAUCAGCGAUGUUCGGAUGAGGGAUGAAGUACUUAUCACUGGCGAUGUCUUUAUAUACGAGGUGUCACAAGUGCGUGGGUCCCUAGUGCCACGUGUGGCAGCGGCAGCCAGUGCCAUAAGACGUGGCAUCCAGCUGGCACAGUCGGCAUAUCCUCAGAGGCUAAAGAGGAUCCACGUUGUCGGUGCGCCACCAUUCCUCGCCUCUUCGCUCCAACUCAUGCGCAGUUGCGUCAAUGAGAAAAUUAGGAGACGGUAUUACUUACACGCCAAAGUAGAUGAGCUAUUAGAGCAUAUUUCGGCGAGCGUGCUGCCCCAAGAAUGGGGAGGUGAAGAGGAGCCCAUAGACGUUCUCGUGAGGAAGUGGAGACAACGGAUCGACGAGAGCCGAGAGUUCCUGCGCGACCUCAACGAGCUAUGCUGCGCGGUACCAGCUCAAAUCGCUGACGCAGAAGUCUAUGGAACAAUGGGAUCCUUCAGGAAACUUGAUAUUGAUUAAAUAAGGUGUAAAUGCCAUCGUAGCCAAGGGUAAUGAUAGGUGUAGCAACAAAUUUUUGAUAAAUAAUAUGAUUCUUGGCAAAGGUUUGUUGAAAAAUAGUAUAUUUUAAAUGGAUUAGCUAUCAAAAAUAUACAGGGUUUUUUAGGGUUUUUAAUUAAUACAAUUGCCCAUUUUUAAUUUGACUUAGGUAUCGGUUUUAUUAUUUUGUACAGUUUUCCACGUUACAUAUGUGCCGAAAUUGAAGUAGACUUUAAUGCGCCCUUAAUGGUUGGUUAUAAUGAACGAGGAUAGGCAAGAUUGUUUUUGAAGGUAAUCCGUCACCAAAGAGUAAAGAGAUGAGAUCUCCCCACAAAAGCCAGUGCAACUGGAAUUGAAUGAUAAGGAAUAUCCCCAAAUUUCAGAUUGUUUUCUGUCACUUAAUAGUUGCUAACCCAUAGAUGUGUACUUACUUAGUUAAUAUAGGUUUAGAAUAAACUUGUGAUAUGAUAUUGUUGUAUUAAAUAUAUUUUAAGUAGUUUUAAAUUCAGUGGAAGUGGUUAUUUCCCGUUUAUUAUUACUUCUUACAUUAAAAUGAUUUUAACGAUAUUAA